AAAAAAAAAAAAAAAAAGGGAAGUUCUGGAAAGCCUUGUGGUCCUGACAUGUUUUAGAACCCAGAAAUGAGGGUGUGACCCAGAGAAUCCAUCUCCUCUGCCCCCCCCCCACCACACAUCACACCACACCCUCACUCCCUCCCCUCUCUGGGGCUGGAGAAUAGUAGUAGGGAAGCAAUUAGCUCAACAGAGCUGUAAGGAAACACAGAGGGGAUCUAGAUGUCCUCUGGUGGGAAGUAUUUAAAAACGUGUCCCUGAGGAUAUAUUUGAACAGGAUCUUGAAAGAUGAAUAGGAGUUUGGGCAUGCAUUGAAUGAAGCCAGCAGAGUUCCAUCUUGAAGGAACCAAGGUUCAGGUUCUGAUGUCUGACCCACUAGGUCUGGAAUCCCCAUCACUGCUGGGUGACUUCAUCAGUGUAUCAUAGGGACAAUAUCGGAGCUACCUCAUGGAGCAGGUGUAAGGUUUAGACAACAUAGUGUUAACAUAAAUCUCUCAGAAAAGUGGCCAGCACUUUUCUGAUUAAAGAUACAUUACAGGUUAACCGAUGUUGGUAAGGAACAGCCACCUUCAAAGUGAAGGAAGUGUGGCAAAACAUCCUGUGUAGCAGGUGAGGCAAGGGGUGUGAUGAGAAAUGUGGGCAGGGGGUCAGACCAGGCAGGGGUGUGAAUGCCAGGAUAAGGAUUUAAAAAAAAUUAAGCAAGGAAUGAGAGAUGAGCCAAUGGAUUGGUAGGGCGGGAUUCAGGGGUGGUGAGGAAGGGGCAGCCAUGAGGAAGCUGUGGCAUGACCCGGCAGAGGAGAAGCGGGCGAAGCACCAGAGUUCUUGUUCUUUGUCUUCAAGCAGGCAAGGUAGGGCUUAGUUAGACCUGGGGCGGCAGCCAGGAUAAGUCGUUCUCUGAGAGGGUCCCCGAAGGCGGAUGCCCGGGCAGGCCCGGAGGCUGGUGGCCCUGCGCCACCUGGUGGCUGCAGAAGUUAGGCUGAGCCGGGAGCAAGGGAGACCGCAAAAUCCGGCAUUUUGCUCUGGGAAACUGAGGCGGGGGGCGGCGGGGGUAGGGUGGGGUUUGCGAUCUUUCGAUUGGACUUCGUCCCUAUUCUAACCCCAUUUUACAGAUAGGAUAACCAAGGAGAAGGGAAGGCGAACAAGGCUGGGUAAGGAGUUUCUCAAGCGGAGGGCUUCAAGACAUCAGAAGUCAAGAGCCUGAGAGUUUCUUAAUGGCAUCAAUGGCCUGGAGCUUUAUUUUCUAUUUUGUUGGGCAGCGGGAAAAUGAAAGAGGAGGAAGAGAAACCGUUGUCUUUCCCGCCCACCCGGAGGUAAAAGGCUUUUAAGAGUACCCCGGAAAACAGAGUUUUAUAGAUUCCAUUUGCAUACGAACGUAGUCACCUGGAGUUAAACUCUGGCCCUUUAAUCUCUGGUCCAAUUUGUCCCAAAGCCGCGGAGGAAGUCCCUCGUGAAUACCUCCAAACUCCGCUCCCUCCAAGCCCCGCCCACAGGGUUGGGCUUCAUUGCACGUGCUCACCCAGCUCCUUCGCGAUCCGCCCCUAGGAAAGACUCCUUGUCUAGGUGGGGGGAUACGGGGAGUAGUAGGGUACUUUGAUCUUGGAAAAAUCAAAUAAAGAGAAGUCCCUGAAGUAAUCUUUGUUAAAUUUUCACCAGAAGUUUUUAUCUCGGUUCGUGACAUUGACAGGCGUUGGCCUUCACUUCUCAGGGCUGCUUAUCCUUCUUCCCACCCCUUCAAUUGGUGGGGUCCCGCGUGGCCGGCCUCGCCCGGCGGACUUCAAUUCCCAGCGUGCCCCUCAGGCCCGUGCGUGGCAGCGGCGCGUGACGUCGGGGGAGGGAGCUGGCCAGUGCUGAGGGGGCGCGGCGCGGAGGGGCGCGGAGCCGGGCGGCUCGGGGCCCAGAGAGCGCCGCGGCCGUGAGCCCGCCGGCCCCUGACAGCCCCCUCCCCCCGGCGGACGACCACGACGAGGACGAGGGCGCCGGUCAUGGCGGAGCAGCGAACCGAGCGCGGGCCCUGAGCACCACCGCAUGGAGCGGGACGAACGGCCGCCUAGCGGAGGGGGAGGCGGCGGGGGCUCGGCGGGGUUCCUAGAGCCUCCCGCCGCGCUCCCUCCGCCGCCGCGCAACGGUUUUUGUCAGGAUGAAUUGCCAGAGCUUGACCCGGGCACUAUUUCUGUUCCAGAUGAUCGGGCUGAACAACGAACCUGUCUCAUUUGUGGGGACCGUGCCACAGGAUUGCACUAUGGAAUCAUCUCCUGUGAGGGCUGCAAGGGGUUUUUCAAGCGAAGCAUUUGCAACAAGCGGGUAUAUCGGUGCAGUCGUGACAAGAACUGUGUCAUGUCUCGGAAGCAGAGGAACAGGUGCCAGUACUGCCGCCUGCUCAAAUGCCUCCAGAUGGGGAUGAACCGGAAGGCAAUCAGAGAAGAUGGCAUGCCUGGAGGCCGAAAUAAGAGCAUUGGGCCCGUCCAGAUAUCAGAGGAAGAGAUCGAAAGGAUCAUGUCUGGGCAGGAAUUUGAGGAAGAGGCCAAUCACUGGAGCAACCAUGGUGACAGCGACCACAGUUCCCCUGGGAACAGGGCUUCAGAGAGCAACCAGCCCUCACCAGGCUCCACACUGUCCUCCAGUAGGUCUGUGGAACUAAAUGGAUUCAUGGCAUUCAGGGAGCAGUACAUGGGGAUGUCUGUGCCUCCACACUAUCAAUACAUACCGCACCUUUUUAGCUAUUCCGCCCACUCGCCACUCCUGCCCCCACAAGCUCGCAGCCUGGAUCCCCAGUCAUACAGUCUGAUUCACCAGCUGGUAUCAGCCGAGGACCUGGAGCCACUGGGCACGCCCAUGUUGAUUGAAGAUGGGUACGCUGUGACUCAGGCAGAGCUGUUUGCCCUGCUUUGCCGCCUGGCCGAUGAGCUGCUCUUUAGGCAGAUUGCCUGGAUCAAGAAACUGCCUUUCUUCUGCGAGCUCUCAAUCAAGGAUUACACGUGCCUCCUGAGCUCUACCUGGCAGGAAUUAAUCCUGCUGUCCUCCCUCACCGUUUAUAGCAAACAGAUCUUUGGGGAGCUGGCUGAUGUCACUGCCAAGUACUCACCCUCUGAUGAAGAACUACACAGAUUUAGUGAUGAAGGGAUGGAGGUGAUCGAGCGGCUCAUCUACCUGUAUCACAAGUUCCAUCAGUUAAAGGUCAGCAAUGAGGAGUAUGCUUGCAUGAAAGCAAUUAACUUCUUAAAUCAAGAUAUCAGGGGUCUGACCAGUGCCUCACAGCUGGAACAGUUGAACAAGCGAUAUUGGUACAUUUGCCAGGAUUUCACUGAAUAUAAAUACACACAUCAGCCGAACCGCUUUCCUGACCUCAUGAUGUGCUUACCUGAGAUCCGCUAUAUUGCAGGAAAGAUGGUGAAUGUACCCCUGGAGCAGCUGCCCCUCCUCUUUAAGGUGGUCCUGCAUUCCUGCAAGACGAGUGUGGGCAAGGAAUGACCUGUUCCCAGCACCCCUCCUCAGGCCAGCCACAACGCCUUGGGUGGGGAGGACAGGUUCCAGAAGAAAGAGCCAGAGAGACCAAGAUGGAGGCUGUGGAGCAGUGUUUCCAGUUGCCUCCAUAGCAAGAAGAUUUUUUGUUUGUUUGUCUGUUUUUUUAACCUCAUUUUUCUAUAUAUUUAUUUCACGACAGAGUUGAAUGUAUGGCCUUCAACAUGAUGCACAUGCUUUUGUGUGAAUGCAGCCGAUGCAUUUCCUUGCAGUUUACAGAAUGUGAAGCUGUUUAAUGUUACAGUGUUGUCGUUGUUUAGAGAUAGUUCUUUUGUAUUUUGAGGGAGAGGGUGGGAUGGGGCUGAGAUGAAUAUUUCCAUAAUGUUGACAAAGACGACUACCUCAGUGGAAAGGGAGGGGGGUGACCAUCCAUCCUUUUUCCACAUGUUCUCAGCAGACUCCUACAUUAGUCUGUCAGAGAGCAAACUGCCUUUUUCUAGCCACAGAAUUGCCAGGUAAAGUGAAAGAGCACACCAUAAAGGGGCAAAGUGGUGUUGGGAGGUUUAUUAAGCAAAGUGGGUGAGACAUUGGAAACAGGGCAGGAGAUGAAGAUUUAGCCAUCCCUUUUCUUUGGAAAGCAUGGUAGUUGAAGGAGGAGGUACAGUGACCAAAUCUAAGUUAGAUGUCCUCCCUCCAAACAACUCUUCAGGGAGAAGUGUUUCUGUUCUCACACCAUGCUGUGGGCUCCCCCCACCCCCGCCGUCCAAACCACCACUAUUAGUUUCUGCCACUGUCAACUUUUUAUCUACACAUGGUCCUGGCAGUAAGUUAAUUCUUAGGACUUGUCUACCAGCUCCCUUGGGGCUCACAACUACCUAGUGUCUUUACCUGGAUCUACCAAGGUCUACCUUCCUCAGUCUCCUUGCCUCUCUCUUAUAAAUUUGACUUCCUAUUGGCCCUUUGAAAAAAACAACUGAACAAAAUGUCAUGCUCUGAAUCCUGGUGCCCACUGCUGAUUUAUUCUCCUUUCACCUUGCUUUUUUCAAAGGGUAGUGGGACAAAGGCCAGACUGCUAAAAGAAUAAACAAUCUUCCUUUCCCUGUCUUCCCCUCACCCCAUCCUGUCUCACCCUCAGGACUGAAUCCAAAACCUGCAGUCUUUCCCACAGUGGGAAGGACUAUUCACCCAUCAGCUGAACAGAAGUUUUACCCCUUCAUUCUCCUCCCAAGUUCUCCUAAUCUCUCCAAAAUGAGACCAGGUUUCCUUAGAACAGAAAGUCCAAGUACCGGAGUGGCUCACCUGCCUGUUAGAUUAUCAGUAGCCUGGCUGACCAAGGCCUGGAGGGCUGGAGUCCAAAGCACCUGGAAGGGUGGGGGGAGCUUGAAACUACCUCAUGUUCCUAAGGCCCUGGCUGCCCCCCUCUGCAGAUACGGCCUGGACCUCCUAGUUUUUCACUACGUUCUCUACCUAGUCCUGGGAAAUGUUCCUUACCCUCUUGGCUUUGGCCAGUGGCCACACCAUGUCUGUCUUAGAGCUCUUUCAGGUGCUUUUCCUUUUUCUGCCUUACGACAGCGAUUGUCCCUGCCUGUACCCAGGUACCUCCCACAGCCAGUGCAGCAGACAGACCACUUCAGCUGGGUGCCUCCCUGGGUGGGCUUGAGGGGCCUGCAGCAUUUUGUUUUGCCUGUUUAGUCAAAGGCCGUUUGCUCUCUUCCUAACCCGGCCUAGCAAACUUACCUAGUGGGCCACCACAUCAUGUGCAUACCAGGUAGUCUGUGUCGGAUUACAAUUUUUUCUUUCCAAUGAAAUGUUACGGGUACCAGCAGAGUGAUGACUUUGUCCCUUGAUGGAUCUAAAACUCAGAGCAUUACUUAAUGCCAUUUCCCCAACUGCUCUGAGAAAGAAAAGGAGACACGUUCCUCAGGAAAAGCUCCAACCAGAAUGUUUUUCACAUGUUGAUGGGAAGAUUUUUGCGUGUGUAUCUGUUUAUUUCUAAGUUCACAAUAUUUUUGUUUCCCUGAAUAUUUUAUUUAACCAACUAGAUCACAUUCUUUGGCUACAGGUCAGACUCCGAGCUGCUUUCCUCAAGAUAGGGGAGGAGACACGUAUCAGAGUCCCCUUCUCCAAGACUGCUUCUGUGUGCAGUAUCUUCCUUUGCUUAGAUCUCCAUCUGUCAAAUUAUUAUUAUUUUUUGAAAUUACUUUUCUCUUAAAUUAAGCAUUUUACCGGUUGUGUUGGGUAUCAAAGGAAAUUGCUCUGUGACAAGAGAAUAUGUCUCUCCAAUAAUACAGCAUUAAACAGAGCAAGUUGUUAAUUUGUGGCGUGGGGGAAAGGUUCUGCAAGUUGCCAUUGUAUAAAUCCAUUUUUACAAAUGUUUGCAGCAGAUUCCACAGAACAAAGAGCCCAUUCAUUGCCAAGAGCCCUGCAGAAUCUCUGAGCCAAGUGGCCGUGUGUUCCAAGCUGGAGCCUGACCUGUGGACAGCCUUUAAUGUCUUCUGCACCCAGUCCUUUUAUGACGUGGGCUUUUUUUAAACAGGGUAAAGUGAAUGUGUUGCAUUGCAAACUCAGGUAUUAUGAGGAGAAGGUAGGAGUGUAGCUAGCAGCGUGGAGACAUUAGGUCAGCCACUAGAUGUAUUUGUGAAUUUGGUUUGAAGGACCCAGAGAAAGGUUGGAGGGGGAGGUUUGGUGUGUUUGUUUUUUGCCUUUCUUUCCAUAAUGUUUGGUUAACAGGUAGCCUUUUUGCUAGUGGAAGAAGAAAAAAGUUGCGCAUGUUGUCUCUAAUUCCCCUCUCUUCUGUCCGCUCUCUCAUCCCCUGCUACCAAUUGCACUCACUUUGAGUGAGAGUUUUUCCACCAUAAAAAUAGAACCCUGAAAGCUGUGUGGUAAAGGAGAAUUCUCCCUCCUUGCACUGCAUUGAAACACACAGGCUUUCCCUUUUCUUUCCCUUUAAGUGUUUUCUUGACCCAAGAUAGAAGUUUGGAAUCUUGGAACUUCACCUACAACUUAUGCUCUCUGGGUCCUCUGUAGAAUUUUGGAGUCUUUCACAAGGUUCAGUGGUCUUGCCCUUAAUCUGAAGGAACUCCCCAGAACCUGUCUCAAAGCACUCCACCUAGCUCAGAGGACACCCAGUCCCAUGCUUAACCCAUAAUUGAGGUGGGCAAACCUCCAGGGAUAGAAGGCAGCAUGCAGGAACCUCCUUGUCUUGUUCCCCAGAACUAGAGGAUGGAUAGAGGGAAUCUAAGGGUCUGCACAGCGUUGCUGACAGUUACCUGCUCCACACUGACCUGCCUCUCUCCUGCCACCCCUUUUCGGGGAUGUGAGCACCUGCCAUGGCCAGUAUGUCAUCAGGUCCUUAAAACCCUGGGCUCUCUGAGCUGCCUUGCUCUGCUCCCCAUUUCCUACCUUUGUUCUUGAUUUCCUGGGGAAUGGGACCGAUGGAGACAGAUGGACAAACCCAGCAUGGGCGACAUCUAAGCCAUGCCCAAGGUUGGCCAAAGUAAGGGGACCCUAGCCUCCCAGCAGGGCAGGAAGUUGAGCAGUGGUUCCAAGUCUUUAGCUCUGGACCCCUGGUCUAUGUCUUUUUCCUUGUUGCUUUUUAAAAUUUUACAAUUAUUUUAAGAAAUCCAGUCUUUCAGAUCAGAUCUUUUAUUAAACUUUAUAUUUUUCUUUAUUGAUUUUUUUUAAACAAAAAGCAAAACAAAACAAAAAAAACGAAACAAAAACACCACUGCUCUCCCUUUCCCCAGUUUGAUCCAUGAGAAUCCCCUACACUUCCCUCUGCCUUUGCAGUUGAUCAUUCCUCCCUCUUUCCUCAGCUCGAAGCAUCUAUGUCCAGUGUCUGUGAAAUGAUGUUUUAUCUGUGUCUCAGGAUGAGAAACGGCAAUCAUUCCACCAGGUGCUGGAAACUGAUUAGCCUCGAGGCAAGGGUUUCUAGGGCCACAGCUCAGGGAUGUGUAUUUAAUUACAGGGUCCCCAGAAACCCCUCUCUUGGCUGCCACAAGCAGCAGCUUCUUUUUUGGGCUUGAUACCGGACCUGGACUUCUUCCUCAGAGGCAGGAGCCCCAGAGAACAUGCGGAGUCGAGGAGCACGCCGGGGCUUCCUUCUUGGCUAGACCCGGGCUACCUUGAAACGUGAAGACUUCUGGGUAUCCUGCAACAUGAGCUACAGUGGCCCUGCCUCUACCAGCUCGUAAAAAGCCUGGUCCCUCUGCCCAAUCCAGUGCCCAUCUGGCCUCCCUCUUCUGGGCCUGCAGCCCUAAGGGGAGCACAGCCUGCUCAGGAAUCAAUGGCAGGCUCAAAGGGAAGCUGUGAGUUAGGCCAGAGCUUGCUCCAAGCCCAAGAGAAAAGUGUUACUGGUGGAGGCUGGUCUUCCAAAUCCUGGAGCCAGCCCUGCCAGCCAAAGGAUCAUUUUUGCCCUUUGGUGACCAUUUUAUUUUUCUUUUUCUGAAAUGUCUUAUAAUAGGUAAUAAUGUUGUUGACUCAAAUUUCCAUGAAAAAGAAAAAAAAGUAAAACUACCUCUUGAGUGGCAUCCUGAUCGAUUCCUCUCUGAGGAAUCCUGUGGGAAAAGAACACGGUAGCUCCUGCUCUGUGUACAUGUUUCUGUCGGGAAAGAAACUCUGCCUGCCCUGGGGUGUUGGUGUUUUUGUCUGUGUUGCCAUCCCAGGCUUGUGAUAGGGGCUUGUGGCUGCGUUGUGAUGUCUGGGCCACGUCUGGGGAGUCCCAGCCACCCCCUUGAAGAGGCCACCAUUUCUUUCCUGUGACCCAAGGCACAGGGAGCACCACCUCUUACAACCCCACCUUUAGGGGCUGUGGUAGCACAUGCAUCAGUGAACAUAUCCUUGGGCUACCUACCCUCGGCCCACUUCUACCCACAGUCCUGUGUAGGAAUCGCGUAAAUGGGAUGUCUCUGAGCCCUUGUCCCCAAAGGGCCGGCCAAGGGCUGCCCGCCAGCCUGGCAUCAUCAGCCCUGCAUGACCAAAUGAUAGCUGGUGGGCUCUGCAGGCUACCCAGGCCCUCUGCUACCUCCCACCCUGCCAGCUGGCAAGGGAUGGGCCCUUUUCUGUGAAUUGACUACCUGUGGAAAUGUGACCAAUUAGUGUGAAAUGCAUGUUUAGCAAAUGUUAGGUACUGUAUUUGAACCAAUAAAUGUGAAUCCUU